AUGGGACUGUACAGCAAUAGGUGACAACAUGUGUCGUAACAUCCGUUUUGGCAAAUAUUUUGUUGAGCAUUGCGUACCGACUUGUAGGAAGCUCUCGGCUUUAGAUCAAUUAUGAUAUCGAAUGAAGCGGCAAAGCUGGAAAUGGAUGCACAUGGAAUAGUUUGAAAUUCUCAAUGUUAUGAAUCUCGGUAUUGAUUACGAUCAAUAGGUCCAAAUUUUAAACAAUGUGAUUUUUUCUAGUUCUCAAAAUCUCAUCUAGUAAGCUACACAUCUUCAAGAUGGGCUUAAGUUACAUGAAAACAGGAAGACUCUUUAUUUUCUUAACAUUUUUAAUGAUUUAUGGAUAAGAAUCGGGUAUCUUGUUUUCAAACGUUAUUUUGUACAUCUCCAAGCUGAAGUUUAUGACCAAUCGCAAAGACGUGGUUCGAUAAAUUGUAUAAAUAGGGAGUGAAAGUUUGGUGGAAUUAUCAGUUGCUUCUCUCACAAUUCGAGAGCAGUCAAAAAAGCUGUAACCAGUUUUCUUCUCUGGAGUAGAACAAAGCAGUGAUUUCAACCAUGAACCACAUCAAUGUAUUAGCCGCCUUGGGUAUUGUGCUGUACCUCGCAGUGCUUUCGAAAGGAGCACCCUAUUUAAACAAAUGUACACGAGGAGUAAGCGGUACCGUUUGCGGCGAUAACGGUAUUACGUAUGGUGAUGCGUGCGACGCUGAUGACGACGACGAUGACACGAAUGGAAACGGAGGGGUACAGGUUGCACACUCAGGACCAUGCGGAGGAGGAAGUCAAUCUCCUGCAGCUCCUCGUGCUCCUGCACCGCAAGCUCCAGUUGUACCAUACGCUCCCGCUGUUCCUCGUGCUCCUCCUGCAAGUGCUCCCAGUGCUCCAUAUGCUCCUGCUGCUCCUUAUGCUCCUCCUGCAUCUGCUCCAAGUGUUCCAUAUGCUCCUGCUGCUCCUUAUGCCCCUGUUGCUCCUUAUGCUCCAGGAGGCGGUGCUAAUGGUGAUACCAGCGGAGAGACCGGUUAUGGACAGUCGCCUUCUGUAGGAUAUGCUCCUGCGGCUCCUGCUGUUGGUUAUGCUCCUGCCGCUCCUGCUGUAGGGUAUGCUCCUGCGGCUCCCGCUGUUGGCUAUGCUCCUGCUGCUCCUGCUGUUGGUUAUGCUCCAGCUGGUACUGAUGUCGGCUAUGCUCCAGCGUCAGGCGAUUCUGGCUAUGAUUACGUUUACGAAGAUGACAGCGACAGCAGUGAAGAAGGAUACGGCUACGAGUAUUAUGGGAACGAAGCUGUCCCCGCAGGUCCUGUUGGCUUUGCUCCAGCUGCUCCAGGUGGAACUGCAUACGCUCCAGGUGCAGGCGGAACUGGUGGGUGUGGUGGAACUGACAGCGGAGAAGGAUGCGAUGGUGCAGCAGGCCCAAUUGGCUUUGCUCCAGUUCCAGCUGGACCUCCUUUCGCUCCAUCUAGUCCAGGGUACGCACCAGGUGGACCUUCAUACGCCCCAGUUCCAGAGGUAAGCGCUGAUGGAUGCGACGAUUCUGGUAGCGGUGAAGGAUGUGAUGGUGAUGAAUCGGAUGGCGAGGAUAGCGGAAGUGUUGAAGGAAGUGACUCUGCUGCUCCUGGUGGUGCUGUCGCUCCAGGAGGUGCUGCUGCUCCCGCUCCAGGGGCUCCUCCUGCUCCAGGACUCCCAUAUGCCCCUCCAGUUCGUGCACCACUUCCAGCACCACCAGCACCUCGCGCUCCAAGUGCCCCAGUGAGGCCCUAUGCCCCUGCUCCUGCUCCCCAAGCUCCGUCCGGACCUAGUGAUUCUUCAGAGAAACAGGGUGACACCCCAGAGGCUCCAAGGGCUCCUUCCCCCGCCGCUCCAUCCGCACCGAGGGCACCCGCUCCUCCUGCUCCACCAGCUGCACCUGCUGCACCUGCUGCCCCAGCUGCUCCAGCACCAAAAGCUCCUUCUGGAGGUUGUACAGUCGGUGAUGUUGGAUGCAGUGAUGGUGGUGGUGAUAAUGGAGGAGAAGAAUGCACUGAAUCUGGAUGUAAAGAUGAUGAUGAUAAUAAUGUUGCAGCUCUUCAAGAAUGGAUUGGAUCCCCAUGAAGACACAUGGACCCAUAAGGACUUAGUUGUAAAGAUUUUGUCGUGAACAUGUUGAAAGCAGGACCCGAACAGAAAUUCUCACGCUUAAAAAAAAGAUACAGUAAACAAUGUCUUUCGCGUGUUGAGUUAAUGAAGCUCGCCGGUUAAUCAAGAGAAGAAAUACUAUUUAACUGUAUACCAUAUUUAUUUCUUAUUUAAAUACUGUAACUGUUUGUAUUUAUGUACCCACACCUAAUGAUAUACUUAGGUUUUGGGUAUUCGAUCGUAACAAUUUAACUUAUUCCAUUAAUAUUGUGUUUGUCAAUUAAUGAUAUUUUAUUUUUAACUUUUAAGCCAAAACGUAACUACCUGUUUAUUUAUUUAAUUUUUGUAUUAGCAUCACUGAGUUAUUGAUUUAAAAAAUUGUCUUCAAUUGCGAAGUAUCACAAUAUUAUCAUGCUUUUAUCUCAUUUAUCACUCUUUUUAAUAAUGGUCAUGUGUUUAUUUGAAUAUUUCAAUAUGAUAUAUGAAUAAAAUUUGAGAAUGUGAA